UGUGUGUGUGUGUGUGUGUACAUGUACAUGUACAUAUAUACAUACACUCUUUCUCUUCCCCCCUCCUCAGACGAGCUGGACAGCAUGACGAGCACGGACCGGAUCUCCUUCCUGCAGGAGAAGCUUCAGGAGAUCAGGAAGUACUACAUGAGCCUGAAGUCUGAGGUGGCGUCCAUCGACCGCCGGAGGAAGAGACUAAAGAAGAAGGAGAGAGAAGUGUCUAACACGACGGCGUCCACGUCCUCGGGCUCCUCAGACACAGGUAUGAGUCCGUCCUCGGCCUCGCCCAAUCAGAACACCGUCGCAGUGGAGUGCAGGUGAUGACACGCCCACUAAGCCCCGCCCCUUCCCAGUCACAGACUACGCCCACUCAGCCAGCUCUGAGGGCAUGAUGGGAAAUAAACUGUCAGAGGGGGGAGGGGCUACCACCUGGCCCCGCCCCCUCACGUGAGACUGACUUCCUGUUUGAGGAGAAACGUCAGCCGUCUGUUCAGCCGCCACACAAAUCCUUCCUUCUUUCCUUCCUUCCUUCCUUGCUGCAUCCUCAGUGUCUCCUAAUUUCAAAAUAAAGUGACAGGUUAUUUUGGGGAGUCAGAGGUCAUAAUGCAAAUUCGUUUUUUCUCUUUUAUGAACAAUUGUUUUUACCUAAAGUUUUUUGACUUCCUGUUUUAUAUAAAAUCAGAGCUUUUAUUUUGGUAAAACAAGAGAGAGAUGAACUUUUUUGUU